AUGAUCGCGCCCCAGGCCAACUUCCAAUGCUUGGUCGGGGGAGCGUUGCGAUCGGCCGAGAUGGUGGUCGGUCGUCGGGGCCUUCGGGCGCCACAGUGGCCCACGGCUAAGGGCCUCUCUCUCCCUUUGCGCGAUGCUGUCCCGGGCGCGCCCCCUUCGUGGGUUGCCGUCUCCGGUGAUGCCGGCGCCAGUGGCUUCCUCAGCCGCCGGCCGGGGUCUCCGUGCACUGGCGGUUGGACGCUUCUCCUCGGGCUCCGGCCCUGGUCGGCCAGCGGCCCCUCCACCACAGCCGUCCUCCUCGACGUCAUCCUCACCACCUCAUCCGACAUCAGCUGGGCCGCCUCCUCCGGGACCUCCCCCUCCGGGACCACCCCCUCCGGGACCACCCCCUCCAGGACCGCCCCCUCCAGGGCAUCCGGGUUUGCUCAAUUGCCGGGGUCGCCGCCGGGCCGGCUUCCGCUAUCGCCUCCGCCGCCGCCGCCGCCGCCGCCGCCGCCGCCCCCAGGCUACUAUGCUUAUGCGUACCCCCCGCCAGGAUCGAUCCCGGGGCCGCUGCCGGGACCACCACAUCAACGCCCACUCCCCCCAGGCUCCUUCCCCCCGGGGUUCCAUUUUGGCGAUCCCAUGGCCGCCGGCCCACAUGGCGGUUCUGCCGCAGGCGCUCUCCACUCUAUCCACCCGGCGGCAAUGGCAGCCGCCCGGCCGGUGACCCCUCCCCCAUCCCCGCCCUCGGCGCCACCGGCACCCUCACAGCCGGCACCACCAUCGUCCGGGCCUGCCAAGCAGGCUGCUUCUCGACCGGCAGCCGGCACAGUCACGGACUCCGGCAUUUCCGCCGGGCCGCGACGCCCGACAUCCUCCACGCCUGCCGCGCCUGCCAAGACUGCAUCCCCCACAUUGGCCAGUCGCUUCGGGCAUUACAUCGACACUUUCAAGGCUGUGCAGCAGCUCCGCGCACAGGGGGCCUUCCCCGGGCAGACCUCAAAAGCCCAGCCAGCCCCGUUGGCUCGGCCGGCUGGCGGCCGUGACACGGAGGCCCCGCCAUCGGCGGUUGCCCCGGUAGAUCCAGCAGUUGCCGAGCCUGGUCCCGGGGAUGCCCCAAGUUCCGUGCCUUCGGCCGGCCCGGCGGCCACCCCGGUGAGCUCGGCCGCGCCCCCGCUUGCGGCGGCACCCACGUCGGUGGGCUCCAUGGCACCUCCGACGGCCGCCCCGCUCCCCCCGCGCAGCGAUGUCCAAAGUGCCGCUCUGGCCGAGGCGCUGGCCCGCGCAGUCGAAAGUUCUGUCCGCUCGCAUUAUGAGCACUGCAUGCGCACCUUCCUUCCAACGUCGGAAUACGAGCUGUGGCGCACCGAGACGAUGGCCGCCUCGAGGCGGACCCUGCGCAACCCGGCAACGCAUCCGCAGCCGGCCACCCGGCUGGCGGCGCUGAAGUUGGCUCUCGGCCGGCGAAUUGUCGACGCCACCGCUCUGCCGGCCAUCACGCGCGAGAGCCUUGCUCGCGUUCGAUCCCGGCAUGAUUUCGCCAUCAUCCGGCAGCGUCUCUUUAUCAACGGCCUUGUGCGAAACAUCGUCCUUGACAUCCGUGAAACGCAGCAAAAGUUAGAGAUCAACAUUGCCGAGAACCAGACUCGCCUUGAGCAAAACAAGACGGCCAUCCUCUUCAUCAUCUACACCUUCGGCCUGACUCUUGUCGGCCUUGCCAUCUUGACCCAUGUGCUUGGGCUCUGGGGCGGCGAGGAGGAGCCCGACAAGGAUGCUGCCAAGCGCAGCAAGGCCGACGAAGUCGAGGGGUACUGGCAAAUCUACAAGGAAAUCCAGCUCCGGCAGCAUCAGCUCUCCCAGCAGCUUGCACAUCAGGAUGAGGCGGAUCCUGGCCUCAAUGAGAUCCCCCUUCGGUGAGGAUAGAUCCACCAACUAGACAAUGCGCCUCGCUCCC